AGUGUAUCUCGGAACGCUAACUCCCAUGCUGCUUUGCCCGAUUUAGUCACAUAACUUUAUUUGAAGGAUUGCAUGCUGCUCCUAAAGAUGGCGAGUAGCGUAGUAGAAGAAAAGUUGUUGGAAAAUGCGGGUAGUCGACAGGUUUCUCUCCCGAUUUCUCGUGUUAAACUGAUCAUGAAGAGCUCCCCGGACGUUUCCAGCAUAAACCAGGAUGCCCUCUUCUUAACCGCAAAGGCAACAGAACUUUUUGUUCAGUACUUGGCCUCGUAUUCUUAUAAAAAAGGCACCGGGAAAGAGAAAAAAACUUUAAUCUAUAGUGACCUCGCCAAGGCAGCAGAAGAAUCGGAACAAUUUCAGUUCCUUUCAGAUAUUCUUCCUCAAAAGAUCUUGGCGAGCGAGUACCUGGCUUUGCUUGAAGAAGCACAAACAGAUGGAGGAGAGAGUGAUUAGAGAGUUCAAGUGUGUGUUACCUGGGAGGAUUUUCUGUGGGUGGGAACUUGGGAUGGCAGUGAGAUUUGCUGUCUGUCAAAAGUCUUUCCAAAACUGUGGAAUACUAAAUGACAUAAAAUUCAUAGUGGAGAAAACCAGAAGUUUUCUUUUUCCCUACAGAUUACUCCUAAUGAAUGUAUUAAAGCACUGUAGAAAUGAAUGCAGAAUACAAUGCCCCAAUGUUUGUAUAUUUGAAUUGCUUUGUAUGAUCAUUUGUUAGGCCCAAGAGUACAAGAUUAUAUUGUAUGUAUUUAUUAAAAAGGAAAAAUAAGUAUUUUGAUACUAGUCUGGUAUUAAGUUUUUCAUUUUUCUUUUAUAUUAGAUUUUUGUUUUCAAUUUCAUCAGCAAGCUUUUCUUCUAUUAAAAUAGCCCUAUUUAAAGUUACGUUAUUAUACUAACUAUUCAUCAUUUGUCAAAAGGAGACCCUUUCUAAUUUUCCAGCAUGCACGAGUAAUUAUUUUACACAUUCUGGAGUCUCAUUUUGACAUUCCAUGUCCUACCUUUAAAAAUCCAUCCAUCCAUCUUCCAACCCGCUGAAUCCGAACACAGGGUCACGGGGGUCUGCUGGAGCCAAUCCCAGCCAACACAGGGCACAAGGCAGGAACCAAUCCCGGGCAGGGUGCCAACCCACCGCAGGACACACACAAACACACCCACACACCAAGCACACACUAGGGACAAUUUAGAAUCACCAAUCCACCUAACCUGCAUGUCUUUGGACUGUGGGAGGAAACCGGAGCGCCCGGAGAAAACCCACGCAGACACUGGGAGAACAUGCAAACUCCACGCAGGGAGGACCCGGGAAUCGAACCCAGGUCCCCAGGUGUCCCAACUGCGAGGCAGCAGUGCUACCCACUGCGCCACCGUGCCGCCACCUUUAAAAAUGCAUUCUGCUAAAGAAUUAUAUGGGAUAAAAUGAUUCCAUUUUUUGUUUUGUGACCUAAGAAGCUGUGGAUUGGUAAAAUUUUAAUAGCACUUUUAUUUUUGUUAAUUUAGAGUGUUUUGGCAUUUUUUGUUGUAGCCAACAUUGAUUUUGUAAAAGUACAUUUACAUCUAAAAGUUUAGGGCAUUGAGUAAAUGAGAAUAGUUUACUCUAGACCAAAAAGCAAGACUUAAAAAAAAUUGCCUCUCCAUACAUUUGGACUUAAAACUUAUGUUUCAAUAUUUGUAUUGUGGUGCAGAAGAAAACAUGAAAAAUUUGAUUGUGUAUAUUUGUUAAUAUUUGUAUCAUUAAAGUCUUUUGUA